AUGCAUAUGCGAGGGCAUACAGGCGAACGGAAUUUCUAUUGCUCGGUAUGCCACAAGGCGUACAUGCAUGAAAGGACGUUAAAGGAACAUAUGAGGGUACACGGCCCAGUCUGGAAGUUCACUUGUACGGAAUGUGGGAACGGGUUUCACAACCGCAACGAUUAUAACAAGCAUGUCAAACAGUGGCACCCUCAGUGGCAGUUUAGGACUAUUGUAAAGAACUUUGGUACUGGGUGCUUCUGUGUAACGCUAAAUGGUGUUAGUAACUUAGACCCUAGACCGACCAGCAUAUGGCAACUGACAGUAGCCGAGAGAAAUAAUGCAACCACAUUCAUACAAUGUACAACCGUCACACCAUUUGUAUUUAUGGGCUGGAGUUUCAAAUGCUUCUACUGCGCACAAUAUUUCUCUGAAAUACCUUGUUUAUUAGACCAUACUUCGAACCACGAGAUUCUCGAAAGAGAUCUGAUCUUAGAAAAAUACGUUUCAAGAGGAAAACGAACUUUACAAGUGGACAUAUCGAAGCUGAAAUGUCGGUUAUGUGAUCUACCUCACCCAAAUCUUGAAGCCAUACGUGCCCAUUUGAUAAAUAUACAUGAUAAACAGUUCUGGCAAGCCAGUAACGGUAUGACAGAAUACAAUAUGGCGUCUAAUAAUGGAUACUUUUGUUGUCAUGUUUGCAGUAAAGAAUUCCCAUCGUUUUCACACUUAAAUAGCCACAUGAACUCCCAUGUUGGUAAAGUUGUUUGUGAAACCUGUGGUGCUGCAUUUCUUAACCAACAUAUGUUGAUCAAGCAUCGAGAAAAGCACUUGCUAAUGAAAUUCAGUUGCAAGCAGUGCGAUAAGAUAUUCCUGAAGAAGAGUCAAUUGAAGUAUCAUUCUGAAAUUGUACACAGAGGGAAAGGAAGGGUCAAAAUGAAGAAAUGCAAUCUAUGCCCUCAAGAAUUUAAGGAGCAUUACGGCAAAUUGGUUCACAUGAAGCUAGUACAUGGGAUAACAAGGACGUUUCAAUGUCAUAUAUGCAAAACCACUUUCAAUUCGAGAAGAACGCUAACAGAACAUACAACUAGAUAUCACACUGAGAAGUUCAAAUGCGAAUUGUGCUCUAAAUGCUUCAGCAUAGAGUCGAAAUUGAAACAGCACAUGCGAGGGCAUACAGGGGAAAGGAAGUUUGUGUGUGAAAUAUGCAAGAAUGCAUAUAUGCAUAGCAUGACUUUGCGGAAGCAUAUGAGAACUCAUGAGGCAGUUUUUAAGUUCAGCUGCUCUGAGUGCCCAACAGACUUGGACAGUAAAGACGAUUAUAAGAGACAUCUAAACCAAUGGCAUGCUUUUGAUGAAGCUGACGAUUGAAAGAAUGAACC